AUGGGAUUCCAUAUCAAACAGCUCUUCAGGAGGGACCGCCACAAGAAGCCAGAAAAGAAAACCGACGGUCCAGGCCAAGACCGAGUAAAUAGGAAUGGCGUAUCAACUAAUGCUGAUGCGUCGGGCGCAGGCACCGCCCCAGCACUUGGAGAACCGGAGAACAGUUCCCAGAAUCAGCAGGGAAGCGGUACAACAGAAAAUUCAGAUUCGGUCCAGUCGGACCGACAGUGUCUAUGGAAGGCCGCCUAUGCAAAUCUGGAUCCCGAGGAGCAACGAAGGCUGACGCUGCUCCAUGAGUCAAAUGGGGCCAAUCAUGCCAACCGCGAGUCUCAGAUGUUAGACAUAGUAAACUCGGUUAUUGAGACGACAAAGAAGCAGUACGAUGAGCAUCAAAGAAGAGGGCUAAAGAUCAAAAGAUCAAGGGGAGACGACAUCAACAUCCGAGAUUCUGCUCUCAAAAUAGUUAGUGCUACACUAUCUUUCACAGAUAUUAUCGGUGCUGUCGCUGCUUUUGACCCCACAGGGUAUGCGGACAGAGUCUGGCGAUUGGUAUCGUUGGGAUUAGGUAUGGUCCAGAAUCAUCAAGAUUUGCAAGCUUCAAUUUUCGAAGCGUCGGGGUUCCUCACAGACGUUCUGAGUCGAUGCGCCUUUAUUGAGAUUGACUGCUCAGGCCGGAGCAGCAACCUCAGGAUGAAAGACAUGCUCCGGAGUGCUAUCAUCCGCGUAUAUACUGCAACCUUACGUUAUUCAGCUAAGGUUAUUUCAACACAACAAUCAGGGGCUGGGAGGAAAUUUGUCCUUAGUGUGACAGCCCUUACUGACCAGCCUCUGAGUACACUCAAGGCCGCCAUCAGCGAGGAGGAGGCGCAGUUGGAGAAAUGGGUGUCGAUUGAUCAACGACUGUCCUGCCAAGAAAAGGCCGAGGAUAUCCUUAGUCAAAUUGACAACGUGCUAAGCGGGAUCCAGGAUAUCAGUCGAGAGAUGGAGCUCUGCCAACUAACUAUGGCUGACGGCGCUGCUUUGACUCAAUGGUCACACCUCUCUCAGAGCGAGCGUAUCUUCUGGUUAAAUGGAAUGGCGGGAACAGGCAAAUCUACUGUUUCACGUACUGUUUGCCGACUGCUCCAGGAAAAAGGCCUUCUAGGUGCAAGUUUCUUCUUUAGGAGAGGAAAGACGGACUGUGGGACAGCUGAAAAGCUGUUUCCGACCAUAGCACGGCAAUUGGUUAUUCAUGAGCCUCGACUGAUACCCAGCAUCCGGCGGGCAAUUCAGAGGGAUCCUUCCAUAUCAACGAAAUCUCUCGUAGAGCAGUUCAAUAGGUUGCUGCUUGAGCCGCUAUCAGCCAUCAAGGAUGGCCGAGCGGAAGCUUCAGUCCUGGUAAUAGUGAUUGAUGCGCUGGAUGAAUGCCAAUCUGAAAAUGAUAUUGAGCUUUUACUUCGCCUUUUGCCCAUGGUGCCACCGUCAAGCUCGGUCUCUAUUCGGGUUUUCCUGACCAGUCGCCCAGAGCUACCAAUCCGCCAGGGAUUUGAUAAUGUUUCGACAACCGCUCAUCGUGAUUUUAGCAUCCAUCAGAUUGUGGAAUCAUCCGUUAAGUAUGACAUUUUGCUCUUCAUAUCUGAUAGAUUCGAAGAAAUAAGACGAAAACACUCGCUUCCGCAAGAAUGGCCUGGAGAGCAGAAAAUUCAGGACCUGGUCAGCGUUGCGAACCCAUUGUUUAUUUCCGCCGCUACUAUGUGUCGCUUUAUCGCAGAUAGAAAAUGGGAUCCUGAGAAGCGCCUAGCCCUUGUUCUAGGAUCAGGAACUCAGUCGAACGCAGGCACAAGUCAUAUAUCGAAACUCGAGCAUACUUAUAUUCCGGUCUUCGAGCAAAUUCUCCGUAGCGAAGACGAAGAUGAAGAUGAAGACGAGAGAGAGCAGCUGAUAUCUGAAUAUCGUGUGAUUGUUGGCACCAUCAUCAUUCUUGCCAAUCCGCUUUCACUCGCCUCCCUCGCAAGUCUCCUAGAAAUCUCGUCUAGUGACGUGAAUCGUAGAUUGGACUAUCUACAUUCGGUUUUAAGUAUCCCUCCUGACCAAGAUACUCCUAUACAGAUAUUCCAUCAAUCAUUUCGGGAUUUUCUUCUUCAUCCUAAAAUCCGUACAAAGACUGAUUUCUGGAUUGAUGAGAAGCAGACACAUAAGGAGACACUACUCAGAUGCAUUAAUGUGAUGACCAGAACAAAAGGUGGACUUUCAAGGAAUAUUUGUCAAUUGCCAAAUGACGGAAUAUUGCGCGAUGAGAUAAGUGACGAAAUUAUUCGGGACAAUAUUCCAGCAGAACUUCAGUACUCGUGUCGUUACUGGAUACAUCAUUUAGAAUGCGGAAGCUAUCGAAUUACCGAUCAAGACAAUAUCCACACCUUUCUGGAAACGUAUUUUCUCCACUGGUUGGAAGCAAUGAGUAUCCUGGGGUUGGCAUCGGAGACUGUGAGCGCCAUCAGGAUAUUACAAACCUCGGUGCAUUCUGAUUCCAGUUCAAUAGUAUCAGCAUUUCUUUAUGACGCAAAUCGGUUCGUUUUAAAGAAUAUAUGGAUUGCCAACACUGCACCCCUUCAAUUCUACUCUGCUGCCCUGAUAUUUGCGCCACAAAAGUCUAUUGUGAGGAAUACUUUUCAUGAUGACAUAUCUAGGCGCUUUGUUACGUUGCCUAGAGUGGAAGUAAACUGGGAUUCACAACUCCUAACUUUGGAACAUACUAAGGACGUGAAUGUUGUUGCAUUCUCGCCAGAUGGUAGACUAAUAGCCUCUGGUUCUAACGAUUACACAGUAAAACUUUGGGAUCCAAGCACAGGGAUUUUACUCCACACCUUGGAGCACGAUUAUGAUGUCUCAGCCGUGGCAUUUUCAGUGGAUAGUAAGUUGGUGGCAACCAGCUCUGGCGAAGAUAUUCAGCUGUGGGAUAUGGCUAUAGGUGUACUGCAGAAGACUUUGGCAGAGCAUACCUCUAGAGUGAAAGCCCUCGUGUUCUCACCAGAUGGUAAUCGACUAGUGUCGGGGUCCAACGAUAAUACAAUCAAAAUCUGGGAUCUAGCUACUUGUUCAGUAGUACAAACCCUGAAGGACCAUGAACACUUCGUUGAAGCAGUGGCAGUUUCACCAGAUGGCAAGCUGAUAGCAUCUGGCUCUUUGGAUUAUACGGUCAGGGUUUGGGAUACAGAUACAGGAGCUUUGUUAUGGACCUCAGAGCACGACGACUUCGUUAGUGCAGUGAGGUUUUCGCCGAACAACGAGCUCGUGGUUUCGGGCUCUAGGGACGGAACAAUCCGGUUAUGGGAUGCAGCCACAGGGAAGCUGAGAAAAGCCUUACGUGCCGGCCGAAUUUCGUCUUUGGCAUUCUCACCUGAUGGAAGGAUGGCAACUGCUGGCGGACAGGAUCUCCAAUUAUGGGAUAAGAGCAUGGAUAGUCCGAUCCAGACAUUUAAGGGCCAUGCUCGUGAAAUCUUUGGAGCAACCUUUUCACCAAAUGGCGAGCUGCUAGUGUCAUGCUCUGCUGAUAGUACCGUACGGAUUUGGGACACAAACCUGGUUGCAGUGCCCAAAGCUCUCCAAAAGCAUUCCUAUGAAGUCGCUGCGACUAAAAUUUCCCCAGAUGGCAGGUUUCUAGGGUCAGGUUCCACUGAUUAUAAAAUCCAGCUAUGGAACCUUGCAACUGGCAUGCCACUAGAGUUACUGGAUGACUACUCAGGAAAGUCAAACACACUCGCAUUUUCACCAGACAGCACUCUGGUGGCUUUUCGGCCGAGGUCUGAUAGUGCCGCUAUUCAACUAUGGAGCACGGAUACGUGUGAGCUUUACCAGACACUCGGGGACCAUUCGAGUUCGGUUGAUCGUGUCAUAUUUUCUCCUAAUUGUCAGCAGCUUGUCUCGAUUGACGAAGAAUGGACAAUUACCCUAUGGGACAUAAAAACAGGAGAACGACUCUAUUCCAUGGAUGGGGGUAGAAGUUGGGUGUGUAUAGCAUUCUCACCAAGUGGCACAAAGCUUGCCUCAAGCUCUGGUAAUGUGCUGCGAGUUUGUGAUGCAACCACAGGCACAUUGCAGCGAGAGCUAGACGGUCACAAAAGCAAAAUUACAGCGGUGGCAUUUUCGCCUGAUGAAAGCUUCAUAGCCUCGGGCUCUAUUGACGCAAAAGUCCGUAUUUGGGACUUAGCCACAAACAAACUGUCUCAAACACUCCAGGACUGCGGAGCAAUUAAUCAGCUAGCUAUCUCUUCAAAUGGAAGAUUUGUCGUAUCAGGGACUCUUUCUCAAACAAUUCGUUUGUGGGACAGAGACACUGGAGAACUGCUCUUUACUUCUAACGGUAACUCGGUUCAUUACCGAAACGGAACUGGACAUUUGCGCUUUGCAACUGAUGGCAAUUAUUUGGAAGCAGACUUUGGUGCAUUUCGUAUUGGUUCACACGGAGGUGCUCAAGAGCACAACUCCCUAGCUCCUCGACGAAAGGAUAUGAUAUUGGGAGACCAAUGGCUAUACAUCGGACAAGAAAGGUUUCUGUGGUUACCAGUUGAGUACCGACCGAAGGUGUCUGCCUACUACAACGGUACGAUUGCCAUCGGAAACGUAUCUGGUCUAGUAUCGAUCAUCGGUGUUGAUAUCGAGGAGACGGCUGGCCAUUCUUGA